AUGGAGAUAAAGAAUUUUAUCGAUUCAGCACUUCAUAGACCACCACAACCAGAAUCAUAUGAAAAAAAAAAAUUUUACAGAAUUGGGAAAACGUUAGGUACAGGAACUUAUGGAUCAGUUAAAGAAGCAGUAAAAAAACCCACAGGCCAUAAGGUUGCAAUUAAAGUUAUUGAUAAAAGUAAAGUAAGAAAUCAAGAAGAAAUAGUCUACAAAGAAAUUGCAACUGGUGGAGAAUUAUUUGAAAGAUUAAUGAAGAUUGGCAAAUUUACAGAAUCUGAUGCUAUAGAAAUUGUCAAGACCAUUCUUGGGGCCGUCAAAUAUCUUCAUGAACAUAAUGUUGUUCAUCGAGAUUUAAAACCUGAAAAUUUAUUAUAUAAAGAUAAAUCAAAAGAUUCGCCACUUGUUCUUGCUGAUUUUGGCAUAUCAAAAGUUAUAGAAAAUGAAGAUGAUAUUAUGUUCACUCAUUGUGGAUCUUAUGUGUAUGCAGCACCAGAAAUUCAUCAAAGAAUCCCAUAUUCAAGAUCAGUUGAUAUUUGGAGUAUUGGAAUCAUAACUUAUUAUUUAUUAUGUGGUUAUCCACCAUUUCGUUCUGAGAAUCGAGCAGCGCUUUUAGAAGAAGUAACAAGAGCACAUGUGAAGUUUGAGGAACGUUAUUGGGGACUUGUAUCAGAAAACGCCAAGGAUUUUAUUCUUUAUUUAUUAAAAUCAGAUCCAAAAAAGCGACCUACAGCGGAGGAAGCAUUAAAACAUAAAUGGUUGACAGGCAGAAGUGCAUCAGAUGUAAAUUUAUUUGGAGAUAUUAUGAAAAAUUUCAAUGCUCGUAAAAAAUUUCGCGAUGCAGUUGAAGCAAUAAAAGCAGAAAAUAGACUUAAAAAGGCUAAUAAUAACAAAGAAAUAAAAAGAUUUAGCAGCGAUUUUGAGAAUGAAGAUGAUAGUAGUGGUGACAAUAAUUUGAUAAAAGGAGGCCAUAACAACAAUAAACAA